AUGAAAUUCCUAAAUGUGUUGGCGCUCGCCGCCGCCGCGCAUGCUGCAACCAUCUCUCACUCCAAGUCUCCAAGUGCCGUUAACAAUGUGACCAUUUUCUCGCCCCCUUCCGACUACAAUAUUCCAAGAACACUCUAUGCACGCAAUGAACAGCUUCCCAACGGCGAUCUUCUUGCGACGUGGGAGAAUUACUCUCCGGAGCCGCCUCUGGUCUACUUCCCCAUCUACCGCUCGAAGGACUACGGCAAGACUUGGAAAGAGAUCUCCAAGGUCCAGGAUACCGCUAGUAAAUUCGGACUCCGCUAUCAACCGUUCUUGUAUUACCUGCCGGAGCGCAUUGGUUCUUUCAAAGCAGGCACUUUGCUCUUGGCCGGUAGCAGCAUUCCCACCGAUCUUUCCUCUACGAAUAUUGAUCUGUACGCAUCGAAUGAUGAUGGCCUGACCUGGAAGUUUGUGAGCCACAUCGCAGCUGGUGGAGAGGCUAUUCCAGAUAACGGAUUAACGCCUGUUUGGGAGCCCUUCUUGCUUGCCCGCAACGGCAAGUUGAUUUGCUACUACUCUGAUCAAAGAGACAAUGCAACAUAUGGACAAAAGCUGGUCCACCAAGUUUCAACCGACCUAAAGGAAUGGGGAGAUGUUGUCGACGAUGUCGCCUACCCUACUUAUACCGAUCGACCAGGUAUGCCUAUUGUGACAAAGCUACCGAACGGCAAAUAUUUCUACAUUUACGAAUACGGCUCCUUCUUUAACACGUCAUCUUAUUCGUUCCCUCUCUACUACCGCAUCGCUUCUGAUCCCGAGGAUUUCCUAUCGGCUGAGCACCAUAAGCUGGUUGUGUCAAGCGGCACGAAGCCCACUUCUUCGCCAUAUGUUGUAUGGACCUCGUACGGUGGCAAGCAUGGAACUCUCAUUGCUAGUUCGGGAACGCAGAGUACUCUCUUCAUCAACAAGAACCUGGGCGAGGGUGAAUGGACAGAGAUCGAGUCGCCCGAGGGACACAGCUACACACGUUCACUCCGAGUCUUGGAGGGUAGCAAUGGGCGCUAUUUGCUUGUGAACGGAGCAGGUGUCUUGUCUGGAAAUAGUAACACGGUUACUGCCACAGUGAUGGACUUGAAGGACGUACUUUGA